AUGACUUCUGUGAGUACUAUUAUCCACUUUAAAGGAAGCAAUUUCUUGAGGCAGAGGCUCAUCCUUUCUGUGUUAAGUGGCAAGCCCGUUAGAAUAAAGGAAAUAAGACAGUAUGACACUGAACCAGGUCUAAGAGAAUUUGAAGUGAAUUUAAUCCGUCUUCUCGAUAAAAUAACAAACGGCACACAAAUUGAAUUGAAUGCAACAGGUACUUCAAUAUAUUUUCAACCUGGGUUAUUGAUAGGAGGUGCAGUUGAGCAUGAUUGUUGUAAGCAGAGAGGAAUAGGCUAUUAUCUUGAAGUUUUAAUUGCUUUAGCACCAUUCUGUAAAAAGGCUAUAAAUGCUGUUUUGAAAGGUGUUACAAAUAAUCUAGAAGACAAUUCUGUGGACUGUAUCAUGUAUGGGGCAUUGCCCAUUCUAAAAAAGUUUCUUCUUGUUGAUGAUGGCUUGGAAUUCAAGAUAACAAAGCGUGGAAUGGCUCCAGAAGGUGGGGGAGAGGUAAUAUUCAAGUGUCCUAUUCGAAAACAGUUAAAAUCUAUUCAGUUUACAGAUCCUGGUAAAGUGAAAAGAAUACGUGGUAUGGUGUAUGCAGUGCGAGUAUCUCCAGCUAUAGCAAAUCGUAUUGUUGAUGCUGCUAAAGGAAUUCUGUUAAAAUUCAUUCCUGAUGUGUAUAUCUAUACUGAUCAUCACAAAGGCGCUUCUUCUGGCAAGUCUCCUGGAUUUGGAAUUUGUUUGACUGCAGAAACUACUAAUGGUGUAUUUUAUACUGGUGAAAUGACAUCAAAUCCUUCAGGGAGUGGAUUGCCUCCUUCUGUUCCUGAAGACAUUGGAAAAGAAGCAGCUUACAAUCUUUUAGAAGAAAUUCACAGUGGAGGAUGUGGAGAUUCAGCUUUUCAAAGUUUCAUUGGACUAUUCAUGGCCUUGGCACCAAAAGAUGUAUCCAAGUAUCAAAUAGGUCCUUUAUCAAAUUACACUAUUCAUUUCUUGCGCCAUAUAAGAGAUUUUUUGGGAUUAAUGUUUAAACUUGAACCAUGGCAAAGGAGUGAAGAAGAAGAGGAAUUGAAGCUUGGGGGAAACAAAGUUAUAUUAUCAUGUGUUGGUAUAGGCUAUUCCAAUUUGAGCAAGAAAGCUCUUUGA